AUGGAGAAUUUGAGCGAGGAGAGCAUCGCCAGAUUGGAAGCAGCAACGCAGGCCAACAAAGGUUUGCUACAGCUCAAAGGGGACUUCAUCGUCCACAAAAGCACGGUCAGCAAUGACCAAAUCUCUCUCGAGGACCGCAUUCAGGUUCUCGAGUCUGAGAAAAAGGACUUGAUGACCCAGAAUCAGGUCAAGAAGUUGAUCAAGACCCCCUUGGCUCAGCACAAGGCUGACGCUCAGACCGCCUUGGCUCAGCACAAGGCUGACGCUCAAAUCAAGCGUCAAGAGCUGGAGAAGAAGGUAGAGGUGCUGGCAUCGGAGAACAAGCACCUGAAGCUCAUUGCCAGAUGGAGCAAGUAUUUCUUGCUUGCUGUUGUAGCAGUGGCACUUGUUGUCACUCUAUGGCACUUUGCUGGAGACGGGUUCACCGAGUGGACCCGUCAUCCAAACAAGGUUCCAGAAUGGCUGGUCGACUAUCUUGAGCUCCAACCAACUGUCACCAUGGAAAUUCAUCAUCCUCUCCAUUGGCUAGACAAAGUCAAGCUCAGCGCCUCGAACUUGAUCAAGAAUCCCUUCUCUCCACCACCUCUAAAGGAUUUGCCACUCCCUCCGACGCCCAUCAAGUUCACGGAUGUCCUAGGACUGGAUCUGCGGACCAAAAGACUGGAUCUGCGGAUCAACGAGACCGACUUCUUGGCAGAGCACCCAGAUCAGUCACUCUCUGGGAAUUGGAAGGGUACAGGGUUGCAGGAAAUCAUUGUGUUGCUCUCUGCCCCUGCUGCUUGCAAUCUCUAA